AUGCUACAGUGUAUUCAUCCCACCUACAAAGAGGUGGAUGACCAGUCUGUACACAUUCUACUACCUCUUGCCUUCGAUUAUCAGAUGGAAGGACUUCUGCAUCGUUGUGAAUGCUUUCUUGUCAAUCAUCGUUUACCGUUCCUUGAAAAAGUUUGGUUAGCUGACAGGUAUAAAUUGAAUCGUCUGCUGGUUUUGUGUUUACGAGAGAUGAGGCCCAACUCAAAGAUUGAUUUGACCGGAACACGAUAUUAUGGGUUGAGUGAUCGAGUUAAGGUGCUUAUUCUGGAACGGUUACAUGGCUCAUUGGCACCUGAGGAAAUGCUUGAACAACCGACAGAUCUUGAGCAUUUUUAUCGUGCGAGUGAUUUGAAUUUUGCGAUGAUUCGUGCGAAAACAGGACGGGUCUACUACGUGAAUCCGUAUUAUAUUGCUGCGUGGUCGAAUGUUUUUCAGGAACGUAUAACAUCCACAACUAUCACCGAAGAGAUGUUUUGCUCGUGUACACACGAAGAGUUGAAAGCUUUUCUGAUGGCUAUCUAUCCGCCACAGUUAAGGAUAACAGAGGCGAACAUAGGCCCUGUUCUGAUGGCCGCAUGUAAAAUGGAAUCGCCUGGUUUGUUGAGAAAAUGUGCACUAUUGUUAUUAGCCACACAUACGCAAUUAUCAGUUUUCGUGCGAUUGUCAUUGCUGGACCGAUGUUUCUUACACGACUUACUCGACCCAUGUCUUCAGAUGAUCCAUCGCCCAGAACAUCUCAUCGAAAUGACAUUUCAACAAACUUACGACUGCUUAUCAACAAGAGCACGAGCUGCCAUGAUGGAUCGACUAAGUGUAUUACUCAAGAAUCCCGGCCAAAAACCACACACAUGUCAACGAUGUAAGCAGUCGAGUGGAUGCGCCCAGGUGACAUGGAUGUGUCCACACUGCAACACGUACUCUUCAGAUGCCUCGCUGCCACGCAAUCCAGCAUCGUCCUCACUCGUUACCAUACCCAACGUGAAACGAUGA